AUGACGACGUCGCAACCGAAACCGUUGCCGUUCUACGCGCAGUUCACGGCGGGCGCCAUCGCCGGCGUCACGGAGCUCCUCUGCCUCUACCCGCUCGAUGUGGUCAAGACGCGCAUGCAGCUGCAAACCAAGGCGGCGGCGGGCGCCGAACACUACAAUGGCAUGCUCGAUGCCUUUCGCAAGAUCAUCGCUAGCGAAGGUGCGGGACGAUUGUAUCGCGGCUUGGUGCCACCUCUGAUGCUCGAGGCGCCCAAACGAGCGGUCAAGUUUGCAGCCAACGACUUCUGGGGCAAAACAUACCGCAAUCUCACCGGUCAAGAAAAGAUGACCCAAUCUCUGUCGCUUCUGACGGGAUGCAGUGCGGGUGCCACCGAAUCCGUCGUCGUCGUCCCCUUUGAGCUGGUCAAGAUUCGACUUCAGGACAAGGCACAGGCGCACCUCUACACGGGACCCAUGGAUGUGGUGUCCAAGAUCAUCAAGGCGGAUGGCAUCUUGGGGCUCUAUGCAGGACUGGAGAGCACUUUUUGGCGUCACGUGCUGUGGAACGGUGGCUACUUUUCCGUCAUCUUCGGUCUGAGGGCGCAGAUGCCCAAGGCAAACGGCAAGGCGGAACAGCUCAGGAACGACUUCAUCUGCGGUGCUGUCGGCGGUACGGUGGGUACCGUGCUCAACACCCCUGCCGACGUGGUCAAGUCGAGGAUCCAAAACACCCCCAACGUCAAGGGUGUGCCGAGAAAGUACAACUGGACCUUCCCAAGCAUGGCCCUCAUCGCCAAGGAGGAAGGCUUCGGCGCGCUCUACAAGGGGUUCACACCCAAGGUGCUCAGGUUGGCACCCGGAGGAGGUGUGUUGUUGCUCGUGGUCGAGGUCGUGCUCUCCCAGUUCAGGACGGCGUUGGGUCCUCCUUACAUUUAA